CUCUCUUUUUCGCUGCGUCUGCUGGGUACCAAUACCAAUCCUCACGAUCUCCGCCGCCGCCGCCGCCACCGCAGCAGCCAUGCCUCCUCCCUCACUGCUUCGCCCUCCGCUCUCGCGGCUCCUCCGCCGCUCCCAGACCCCAUCCCCUCUCCGACGAACCCCCAGCUUUACCCCAUCCCCUCCGCUCGUCCAGCCCAAGCGGCGGCACCUCUCCGCCGCGCAGCUCGCCGACCCGCUCUCCGCCGCAGGGGUGGAGGAGGCGGUGGUGGGCUUCGUCACCGGCAAGCGCAAGGCCACCGAGGUAGCCCACGCGGUGUGGGGAAGUAUCGUUCAGAAAGGAGAUACAGUGGUCGAUGCCACCUGCGGGAAUGGCAACGAUACGCUCGCUCUGCUUAAGAUGGUGGCUGAUGAGAGCGUGCGAGGGCCUGUCUAUGGAUUGGACAUCCAAGAUUCUGCGAUAGACAGCACUUCCGCUUUUCUGAAGAUGGCCGUCGACAGCCAUGAGAGGGAGCUAGUCAAAUUGUUUUGCAUAUGUGACAGUAGAAUGGAGGAUAUCAUUCCAAAAGAUUCUCCUGUGAGGCUUGUAGCAUUCAUUCUGGGCUACCUUUCAGGAGGAGAUAAAACAAUAAUCACAGUACCUGAGACACCUGAGCUGGCACUACAAGCUGCCAGCAGAAUUGUUGGCUCAGGGGGACUCAUUAGUGUCCUUGUCUACAUUGGGCAUCUGGGUGGAAGACUUUUUUUGGGAGGAAUCACUGGGGAGGAGUUCCCCCACCUGAAAUAGAUGACCAAGGCCAGUUAGUUACAACAUCAGAAGUAGACGAGAGGAAUCGGCAGCUACCUUGUGAGCCGGCUUAGUAAACCGAUGUGACCACUGACCAGAGUAAAGUUGUCUUACAAAUUCCGGACAGCAGUGGAGCUGAUCAAUGUCGCGGAAGACACACGCAUUCCUUGCAUCCCAAAUCUUCCAUAGGGCGUUGAGGAGUGCGGUAUGGCAUACUGCUGGUGGUAGAGGUAUAGGCGGUUGCACCUCCCAAAUAGUAUUGAUAUCCCGUUGUAGAUCGAUACCCAGGCCUUGCCAAAUCCAUGUGGCCUGACAAGAAUUUUACUCCACCAAAUAUCAUUUUAUUAAGGUGUUCCAUGUCUCGCUUUUCAUGUGCAGUUUCUGGUCUACUGUGUUCACUGAAAUGUUGUGUAAGUAUAUGUCUGUAUCUUGAAUAUUGAUAUGUCAUAAACCUGCGCUCCUUGAAAACAGUACCUGCCGUCCAUUGGUGUGAUGAUGAUAAAACAGAUUGUUGGUUUGGAUCGCUUCUAAAUUGCCGAACCAAGGGCUGGCACGAUCAAGCUGGUAGAAUGGCACUUCUCGUGUGUUCUUCUUGCAUCUACCUAUGGAAGCAUUGAUCUGUCCAUUACUCCCUCUGUCCCGAAUAACUCGUCUUAGAUUUUUCUAGACAAUGACGGAGGUAACAAGAGUACUGCCUUAGAUUUGAACAAAUCCAGGAGGUAUUUGCGUGGAAAAUUUUAUAGAACUUGAUUGGCAUCCAUGGUUAAAUUGAACUUUGACGCCAACAAGAGAAAGUCUUUUUUCUUUUCUUUUUUUGCGGGUGGCCAAUAAGAACAACUCCAUCUGGAAUUCACCAUGGACGCCUACCAUAAUUGGAAAAAAUAUGCGUCUUGCUUUUUCAAGUGCAUGAUGGGAAGAAGUGUUCAACUGAUGUAGCUCCCGGCCUUGGAAGUGAUUUGUAUUCGUGUCACAUUAAGGAAACAAGGGUCAUAAAGAAAUCAUGCAUGAUUUGUAUUCGUGUCACUAUAAAAAUCAAGAAACAAGAGCAAAUCCAUGAGGGGUGCUGCAGCCUACAAGGACGUCAGUUUCGCGUGUUAAAUAACAAUGGGGUGGUGGCGCAGUUGGCUAGCAUAGCUAACGAACCCUCCCGAGGUCGAGAGAAGGACCAGCCUAGUGAGGAAACGCUCAGUGGCAACUUGGGUCGCCACAUGUGCACCUGAAUCAUCAGGUGAAAUUGAGCAAACUCUGAACCUGGUCUUUUUUUUUCCUUCUUUUGGUUUUUGUUUUGAGAUAAAGGUGGUUGGUAGCUCCACUCUGAACUGGGCCGCGGGAAGUCUGAAUUACCGAACUACACUUUAGCUCUAUGAUGAUUCCACCAUGUUGUUUCAGUUCUCAUGGCACUGUCUACACUAAGUGCAGAAUUAUGCUCCGAUUUUAUAUGUUCUCUGACGGGUUGGCAAGACGGCGGAGGAUUCUCACGCUUGUAUGUAGUAGUUCCUUAUUAACAGAGAUUUGCUGCUCCUAGGCCGGCAGUCUGAUGACAGGCCAGUUGCUCCAGUACUAGUUCUCCUGCGGAAAUGAUCACAGUUCUAGUGAAGCUCUACAAGUCUCAUGUUCGGUUCAUGAUGAAUGAACUGCCACAAUGCAUACUGUGAUUGUGAAUUGCAGAUUAUGGAGUUGCGAAAAAAGAAAAAUAUAUGAGUAUGGUUAAGAGUUACGAGAAUGAUUUUUUUUUGUAAAGGCUACAUAUAGAACUGUUGUCAAUUGUACAAUUUUCUUAGGAUGAAUUUGAAGCAAAUUGGUUUUUACGGCAUGGUAUAUAGUCUCGUUUUCAGCUCCGCGUUCUACAGAGUUGUU